CCUCCCAACCAUUCCCCUCUUUUCCAUAUUCACUCUCCAUACAUCCCACUCGACUUCUCAAACCUCUUGACUGCCAACACUCACUAUUGGAUAUCUUCCACCAAAGCACAAUUCAAAAGAUCCCAUUUCAAAUCCAACAUUAUCACAACCCAAACCCCAAAAUGUCCGCCCCAGCGACAUCCCUCGCUCCUCCCCCCACCUCUCUGGACAACUUCACAGCCGACCUCUUCCUCGCCCUCCACUCCCCCACAACCCCCCAAUCCAGCCUCGCCAUAACCCGCGCCUUCACCCUCAUCCUCCGCGCACACAAUCUCUCGUCUCACCUCCGAAUCACCCUCCUCCACGAGCACGACUCGCAACAAUCAUCCAGGGACCAAGUUACAUGUGCCACCGAUUUCUCGAUGCACGACGCUGAGGCGGGGGAGAUGGUGCCGGUUGCGUGGGCUGUUAAGGGCGGGAUGGUGGUUCCGGUUGAGUAUUUUCCGGGCUGGGGAAGAGCGGCGGGGAUUGAUUUUGAGGGGGCGAUGCUGGGAGACUUUGUUAGGGAGUUUGUGGGGGUUGUGAGGGAGUGUGGGCUUGAGGGGGUGGUUGGGUUGAGGUUGGUGCGAUAGAUGGAGGUGGGCUUGGAGCGAGGAGUUUGGGAUUUAUACGGUGCUAUGGUGUUUGGGUGGCAAAUUUAUGAGGGAAGUGUGAUAUUAUGGAGUUCAAUUUGGAAUAGAAGGAGUCUGCUGGUUAGGGAGGUGUUUUAUGUAGGUAGUAUUUAACCUCCGACACAUGGAUAACUGUUACAUACGACCAUAGACUCGAUAGAAUUGGGAAUCCCGUCCUUUGUACUAGCAACUUAGGGGAGCAAUUUAAAGCUUGAAAGAACCAAACCCUUUAGCACCUUUGUCAUUUAUAUCACAUCUACUUCGCCUGCAGCGCCUUAUGCAAUUCCUCUGCGAAUUCCCCCAGCUGACUCACAAAAGGACAGUGAUCCAUCUCAAUCUCUACGGUUUCCAUCCCACAAUCCUCUGCCUCCAGCCUCUGCCGCUCCGGUAUUGUCAUUUCUGCAUAGGAAAUACGACCCUUUGAUCUUCGUCCUCCACAAGUCGCCGACAUCCCGCGGCAUCUCCGCACGAUUCGCAUCCAACGCCGCCACGAACGGCGCCGCCGCCUCAGGGACAUGCUGUUAUAGAAAACCUCGUACGGCGACGACCGAGGGGUCGACGUGGUCACGAUCGCAGUCGAUCGUGAACCAGGUCGACCCCUCGGUCGCUCGGAUCGCGUUCAGGAAGCAGGAGAUGAGGAUGCUAUGAACCAGCCUGACGCUCUCUUCGGCGCUGGCGGAGGCGAGGAACUCGUUAGCAGCGAGAGCGACGGAUUGCCCGGAUACGCUGUGGCCGACGAGGCAGACGCUGUAGCCGGCGUCGAUCUCGGCUUGGAGAAUGGCGCGGAUGUGUGUUAUGUUGGCUUUGAAGGAGGGGGAGGGUCGUGGUGCUCGGUCGUGGGGAGUUUGACAGGUACCACACGGUAGCCGUGGGCCUCAAGGUAGGGGGUAAUUGGCUGGAGGUGGAAUUUGGUGUGCUAGCUGCUAGCAACAAAGAUGAUGCUUAUCUUCGCUAUGUUUGUGACUCUUGAUGUAGAGGCGAGAGGAGCUGAGAGAGGUGAGGACGCCUUGGGUAACUUUGGGAUUUUUAUACUUAGUUCCUGAAACCGCACCUAAAUCUAACGUUAUAAGCUAGCUAUGAACUAGGAUAUCGACUGCUCCUAAGUGUAGCGUAUACGAUUUUGGAAGGAUUCGCUACUUUAAUGGUGGGGGGCGUAAGAAAUACAUAAACUAUGGUAUGUUAUAACAUGCAUGUUGUAUCACGUAGGCACCUACAAGGCGGGGUAUUCAGUUGCUCCUGGCUGCUGCGUCACUGGUUAUCUUAGCUAUGCCAUUUAUAAGGGC